AUGAAAUCCCUCCCCCUCCUCACCACCCUCCUCCUAACCCUAACCACCACGCCAACAACGCAAGCAUGGACCUUCACCUGGCGCAACGCCUCCAACACCCCCUUCAUGGAGCGCAGCACGUCGCCGGCGCCCUGCACGCAGAUCGACCAAGCAGAAGGCAAGGAAUUCGUCUUCGAGCCCAAUAAUAGCCCCUACUCGUUCUACAUCUGGUCCAACGACAACUGCUCGGGUUCCUACAGCGGGUUCACGCCGCCGUCGCGGUGGGGCAAGAAGGCGUCGACGGAUUUGCGCUCGUUUAUGGUGAAUUAUGGCGGGAAUGAUGGGCCGUCGACCACUGCUGUCCCUAGUUCUUCUUCUACUUCUACUUCUUCUUCUAGUUCUACGUCGACGGAGACGUCUACUGCCACGGGGGGUAGUGCCACUACCACUGCUACUGCCUCGGCGAGUGCGACCUCGUCACCCGGUGACCCACCCGGCUCGUCGUCGGGGAUAUCCGGGGGAGCGGUCGCGGGGAUCGUGAUCGGCGUGGUAGCCGGGAUAGCGGUCGUGGGAGGAGCGUUUUGGCUUGGGCGGCGGCGGCGGGACAGAUCUGGAGUGAACCCCGGCCAGGGCUUCGGGUCUGCGUCGGGAUCGGGACCCGGAGCGGGAUAUGUGCAGCCGGGGACGCCGAUUGGGGGGUCCGAUGCGAUGCCGUAUGCCGGGGGUUACAUGGGGGCAGAGGUGGCCAAGGCGCCUCUACCUUCCAUGUAUGAGAAUCAUCCGAUGAGUCCUGUUCCUGCGUAUCAGCCGCCCGUGGGACAGCAGUUUGCGGAGUUGCCGGGGGAGAGUGCGCGGGUGGAGAUGAGUGAUACGUCGAGGGUGAAUGAGUUGGAGGGUAGUGCGAAGCGGUGA